AUACAAAUACUUUUUAUUUACCUUAAUCAAAAGUUUAUUUGUAGGCCAGACAUAUCUGAUUUGGAAAAACAACUUUCAGAUCAAUCCAACAGACUUCUGAGCCUUCAAGAGAUGGUUGAUGAUUUAGCUUCCAAGCAUCCGUAUAAUCCCGAUGAAGAUUACAUGGAGGUUGAAGGAAAGUUACGGGCACAUCUGGAAUCUUUUCUCGAAACUGCAAGAAGCUUUAAUACAAUUUACACCAAGGAAAUACGUCCUUGGACACAUAUGAUGGAGGUUCCGCAGCUUCAUGGUUUUGGACCAGCUGCAAAUCGAUUAUUGGAAGCAUAUAAGAUGCUUUUGAAGUUUUUGGGAAACUUGAAGAAUCUUCGAGAUUCGCAUGCAGCUGUAGCAGUUGGAUCUUCGGAAACAGUGGGCGGCGAGCCAUCUUCGGUUAUGAGAAUAAUUUCCGAGUGUGAAACUGCGCUGACUUUCUUGAACCGGGAUUUAGGAAUUCUUUCCGCUUCAAUUGCUCGUGAAAAGGGUCAAGAGGCAUCUUUGUAGUUAUAUAUAUGCUGUUUUUUUCUUUUUCUAAUGCAUUUGUCAUUCUUUUUUAAGUUCGAACCGAUUGUGUUUAGUGGUGUGUAUUGAAAUUUGAUGUCUGUUAUUGCAGACAACACACUUGCACAGUUGCACGUAUUUUUUGUUGGAUUAUUUGAAACAAGGGAGAUUAAAUU